AUUGUGCGAAGUGCUUCCAGCUAACUUAACCCGAACAUAGGAUGUUUGUAGGUAAAGAAUAGUGAGAUAGAUUGAAAGGUUGCGCCCGGGUUGCAUUGUUAAUGCGUUUAGUUGCUAUGCGAUGGUUUUGUUUAAGGUUUAAUAAAGAAAAGGGUUUUUUUCUCCGACAGUAGCUGGUGCUUCUCUGGCAUCUAUGUGGCUGCAGCGUUAGCUAGUGUCACGAGAUUAGCUGGACUUUGAUAUGAGCUAACGCCGACGUCAGAUCAGAAACCAGGAUCUCCGUGGGACUUUUCGUGCAAAACUGCGAGCUUACAAUCCCAGGAGCUCCUAAAACGCUCAGUACGUGUCGUGUUUUACCAGAAAAACAAUGACCGUGGCCCUGGCUAAAGGAGACAGUUAGCAGGAGCUUGUGUGGUGUAUGGUGUUCUCGCAGCCCACUGCCACGGCGCCUCGUUGCAGUCCACGUCGAGUCUCAUCUGCUGUUUCACAGGCCACGUCCCCGCGGGCGUAGUUCACAGAGAAGAUGCCGAGUGUGCGGAAGGGGACGGAGAGUAGAUACGCGUAGAAAUGUGAAAAGCCUUCAUCGUUUGUGACUGCGUGCGUGUGUGUGUAUAUAUAUGUGUUUGUAGCGUUUGUUUCCGACGGCAUGUCACGUACACAGAUGUGUUUUACAUCGGGAUAACACACUCCGAGCUGCGGUAGCGACCUGUAGUGACGUUAGGCUUUUAGUGUGCAUGUGUUUGAAAUGAUUGGGUUUGGUGCAAACCGACGAGGAGGCCGCAUGCCGUCCUUCAUCCUCGUCUUUCUGAUGGUCAUCGUCGGCGUGCUGGCUUUCAACUACUGGACGGUGUCCAGCAAGCACGGGCAUCUGCUGGACGAACUGGCGGAGAUACAGACGCAGGUGAAGCGCUCGGACGCGGCGCGGAGCCGCCUGGAGAAGCGCAACUCGGAGCUGAUAGUGCAGGUGGACACGCACAAGAAACAGAUCGACCAGAAGGAUGGAGACUACAGCUUGCUGGAGGGCAAGCUCCAGGCCAGAGAGGGGGCCAUCAAGAAGUGCUCAGAUGAGAAGGUGAAGUUGCAAACUGACGUCACGUCCCAAAUGGCCGAGGUGCAGAGACUUAGAGAGCAGCUGACGGAGCUGAAGCAAGAGUUCAUGAAGCAAGAAGAGCAGCUGAGAGAAGUGAAGAAAAAUAGCACUAGUUUGGAGAGAAAACUGGAGUAUGAGAGUUUGCAGUGUGGGCGUCAGAUUGCACAGCUUAAGGGAGAGUAUGAAGAAGCCAAAAAAGCCCUGGAGAAAGAAGUGUCAAGGCUGAGACUGUCUAUGGUUGGUGGCCAGGUCAAUGUGGGGGCAGGAAAGCAUGCAGGGGAAGCAGGAGGUGCAGAUGUGAAUGGAGAGCGCCAGACGGUGGCCACUCACCAACAUGACAGGCACUCAGAGAUAAAAGAAGAAAUGGGCAAACCUGGCAGCGAUGCUGGCAUGCCUGGAAUUGAAGACAGUGAGGUGGGAAAAAUGGAUGAAGUUCAGUUUGCCUUGAAGAAGCCCGCCAUCACUCAGAAGCAGAACGAGGCGCCUGAUGUCGGAGCUGCAGCUGGUGCUGGUCCUGGCCCAGAAGCAGCCGAUGGUGCCGGAGGUCAAGGCAUGCUGUUGGACCAGCCCAGGCUCCAGCAGGACCGGCUAGAGGGCCGAGCAGUGGGGCUCGCACCCCCAGUCAUCAUUAAACAGGAAGACAAGCCAAUAGUGUUUGAAGAAGAUAACAAGGCAGGGAUCCAGGCAGAUGAGCUGGGAGAACAGCAAAGGCAAAACCCAGUAGACAGCAAACAUUUGAAGAUGAUUCCUCUGCCUCACGAUAACGCCCAGGUGCCCAAGCCCAUCCAGCUGCAACGAGCCAAAGACCACGUCCCUGCGGAGCAGCUGCACCACCGCCAAAGCCGGUUCUUUGAUGAGAACGAGUCCCCAGUAGAUCCGCAGCACGGCUCUAAGCUGGCGGACUACAAUGGGGACGACGGGAACGUUGGUGAGUAUGAGGCCGACAAGCAGGCCGAGCUGGCCUACAAUGAGGAAGAGGAUGGUGAUGGUGGGGAGGAAGACGUUCAAGGUGAGCCAGGCCUGAGCCCCGGAGCUGUGGACUGUGUGUCCAGUGUGUAUCCACCAUUCCUACCUUGUUUCCUCCUCCACCCCUCAUUCUGCUGCAGCCCUGCUGCACUGGUCCAGAGUAGCUCACAGUACCCCGAGUCUGGUCGUUGGAUCAAAAAUAAGUACAAAUGUUCAUUAAAAAUCAUUUUAAAAAACAUGGGGUUUUUUUAUACAGGGAAAAUUUGACCCUUGAACUUGCGGUUCUGUGAGAGUUAUUCAGUUGCCAUCUAGUAUUUUCCAUCGUGCCUGUGCUUCUUUUUAGCUAAACCACCUGUCUGUGCCCACCAAACAUCUGACCUACAUCUAAACCAGUCGAUAUAUAUAGCUCACUGUGUUACUGAAUGUUUCUGUGUUCUCCUUGUAACAUUGAAGUGCAUGCCUCUUGUUUGUUUUCUUUGUGAUUGCUUCCUAACACUGUUUCCUUUCAUUGCCUCCUUCGCUAUAGAAAAGUGUUUUAAAUAAUUGAUGUGUGCGCAAAGAAACGUCCUGACAUGCCACUUGAACAUAGUUUUGUCAUGUGUAUUCUUGUUCUACCUUAUGAAUAACCGAUUAUUUUGUGCAUGAUUAAUGUAUACAUUUGAUUUAAAAAAUAUAUAUAGAAGGUCCUUUUUAUUUUGUCUUCUGGAAAUUGGGGACUUAAAGUUCCUAAUCAGUCUGGAAAAGUUUGGAAUUUGACUCAAGAACUAGGAAAAGAAAAUGUAAAUAUAUAGCUAUACUUGCAUAACAAUAUGAUAUUAGACUUUAUUCCCCAUUUUGUAGUUGCUUUUGUCUUUCCUUUCUUCCUUUUUUGAUACCUUCUUUCCUUCUUCCUUUUGUCUUGUAUUCUUUUUUUUUUAUUCAAUUAAAAUAUAAAAUACAUGCUGAUCUCAUAGGAAAAUUUCUUCCUUCCUUAUCUCCCUUUUUUCUUAUUUUUUUAUCUACCUCCUUUAUGCCUUUUCUACUAUGUCUUCUUCCUUCCUUGCUUGCUCCUUUUUUUUCAGGUUUUAUGUUGAAAGCCUGCCCUAUAGAAAUAUCGGCCAUAGAUUUAUAGUGCAUAUCAAUAUUAAACAUUUCCUUUCACUUGGUAAUUAAUCUCUAAUGUUGGUUUGACCUCCUUUUCUUUUCCAGAUGACGACGAUCGGGACAUCCAGGACAGAGACCGAGCUGUGGAUUAUGGGAAAAGACAUCAAAACAAUGACAUUCUUUGAAAAGAAACUCACUCAGCUAUAACUUAUUAAAAAAACUUCCUUCCUCUGCAAUCGAGGUGUCUCCUGAUAAAUUAGUUGCAGCACCACCUUGUCUAAGCACUUACAGCGGACUUCUUUAGUGUCAUGGACUGUUUUGACACAUUCAAACUAAUUCUGAAUAAUUAUUAAUAUAAAUUAAACACGGCAUUCUCCUGAGCUGCUAUAUAAUUGCUAAUGUUUUUUUUUUUUAAGUUUUGACAGUAGGGAUGAUGUGCUGUGGUCACUGCAUUUUGGUACUGGAUAACUUCAGGUCAUCAUAGACUGUUCUCGGAGAGUUCGAUACUUUGAAUCAAAUCAUCUUUUCUUUAGCUACUUUCUCUUUGCUUUUGCUUGAUAUAUUAAAAAAACUGCUUCCUGGGAUAGUCGUCAAACAAACUAAUCUGGGAUGGGAUGCCUACAAUGAAGACUAUUUUUUCUUUUACUGGAGUGGAAGAUUCAGUUGCCAAGGACUUUACCGCCUAUUAAACCUCUUUGUUUUUGUGACAGAGACCCAGAAGUGCUCCUCAUUCUGUUUUUAAAUGCCACUGCAUGUGAAACAAAGUGUUCAGUCAUCAAAACUAAGCAACACACUUGCUUCUUAAGCAAUACUUAGGAUGGUGUUAGGAGCAGACAUUACACAUGCUUCCACCAAUGAGGUCUCUUGGAUUUUGAUGUAGUUGAACUGUUAACAUUUGUACCAAGGGAAUAAUUCCUCACCUUUGGGGAAAUCUGUAAAACCAGAAAUCAGUUGUUUGUGCAACCUGGACAAAAGAUUUCUCACUGAAAAGCGCAUUGAAUGUAAUUUUAUUUUAUUAAAGGUGAUGCUUCAUGUCUUUUGUCACUUGUUGCGCUUGCAGAUUGGCAGUAGGAGUGAUGGUUUGUCAUCACUAACGAGAUGGGUUUAGUUGACCCGGCUUCUAAUGUAAACAACCUCUGAAAUAUUGUAUUUAUCAGAAAUAUUCAUCAUUGCCUUGCUUGAUGGAAUUAACAAAUACCAAGUUUAGUUAUAAAAUCAUUUUUCUGUAAAUGCUUUAUUUUGGAAGCUGUUUUGACAAAGGGUCAGUUACUGUAUAUAAAUGUGGAAACUUCAGGAACUAACACAAAAAUAUCUAAUUACAUACUGUAAUUUUGUUUGCUCUUGCCAUUAAGUUUAAAUGUGACAUUUACAUUUUCAAGAGUCUGUGUUUACUUUCCCUUGUUUUCAAAGGUAUUUCUUACAUUGUAUGUAAUGAGCAUGAGUAUUUUACAGACUGAUCAGUUUUAGCCAUGAAAAAUAAUUUUCUUCUGCAUUCAUUGGCAGGUUAAUGGUAAUAAAGAUGAACAACAAACUUCCCAAAAACCAUAUUAAAUCAAUUUUAAUAACCUUGGUUAAAGUUCAAAAUACAGCAUUAAAACGUUUGAUGAAGUACAAAAACUUCAUAUUAUACAGUUAUAUGAAAAUUAUUGGUAUUUUCCAGUUCUGGGUUUGUAUGGUAAUCAUUUGUGCUAACUGAGCUUGUUUCUUUGUUUAUGUUAAUGAUUGAAACUGUAAGAUCUGAAAUACAUUGCUUCAACAAUGA